CGUUGUCCAGUCAGUCAACGCAUAGUCUUCUGUCUCUUUCCGGUUUUCCCACAUUUUAUACCCUCCAUCCUCACACAGACUCAACCAAGCAGCUGAAUCUGCUUCUCUUACCAGAAAUCUCCAACUUCAAGAUGCCAGCCAUUUUAUUUCCAAGUCUUCUUAUCGCUUACUUCCUUGCAAAUUUUGCAUUCGUCGCAGCCGCAUUACCUGCCGAUGAAUUGGAAGCCUUGCGAGACAUAGCGAAGACGUUGGGAAAGAAAAACUGGAAUUUCAGUGUAGAUCCCUGCAGUGGAAAGUUGGACUGGGUUUCAGACCCAAUCGACCUAUUUGAAAAUAAUGUCACCUGUUCCAAUGACGCAACCCCUCAUGUCGUUAGCAUAGUGCUGAAGAAUCAGAAUCUCCUAGGCACUCUCCCACCAACGUUGGUCAAGCUUCCUUACCUUCAAACAAUUGACCUCUCUCUCAACUACCUUAGUGGCACAAUCCCUGCAGAAUGGGGUUCCAUGCAGCUUGUUAAAAUUUCCCUAGAUGCAAAUCACUUAACAGGUUCGAUCCCAAAAGAGAUAGGGAACAUAAGCACUCUUCAAUAUUUCACUGUGGAGUUUAAUCAAUUAUCAGGACUUUUGCCUCCAGAGCUUGGAAACGUAACUCUCAUUAAGCACUUUCAUCUAACCUCCAACAACUUUAUUGGAGAAUUGCCAACAGACUUUGCUAGGCUAACCUCUUUGGAAGACUUUCGGAUUGGUGACAACCAAUUCACAGGAAAGAUACCUAGUUUCAUCCAGAACUGGACAAAUCUUACGAAGUUAGUAAUUCAAGCAAGUGGCUUAAUGGGGCCAAUUCCUUCUAACAUAACUGUAUUAACAAAGCUAAACAACUUGAGAAUUAGUGAUUUAAAUGGAAUUGAUGAAGAAAAGUUUCCACUACUUAAUAGAAUGCCAAAUAUGAGGACACUGAUUCUGCGGAGUUGCAAUAUUGGUGGAGAGCUACCUGAUUAUUUGGGCAAUAUGACAUCUUUGGUGACUUUAGAUCUUAGCUUUAAUAGACUUAGUGGAGAAAUUCCAAGCAACUUUUCUAAUCUUGUGGAUGUUACUUACCUUUAUUUGACUGGAAACUUGCUCACUGGGAGCAUUCCUCCUUGGAUAUUGCAAAGCCAAAAGAACAUUGAUAUUUCGUAUAACAAUUUUAUAAAUGGACCCCAAGGGGCAUUAAGUUGUCAGGAAAAUUAUGUGAAUUUGUUUGCAAGCUCUUCAGGGAUUGACAAGUCAGGGAUUGUUUCAUGCUUGAAAAGCUCUAAAUGUCAAAAAAAAAGGUAUCAUCUCCAUAUUAAUUGUGGAGGAAAUGAAGUAACUAUAAAUGGAACCACAUAUGAAGUUGAUACAGAUCGAGCAGGACCAUCUAGCUCUUUUGAAAGUAGUGAAGAUUGGGCAUUUAGCAACACUGGUCAAUUCUUGGAUGUAAACCAAACUAGGCGUAGCUUUAUCUUCACAAGCCAAUCUAAUCUCUCUAUGAAAGAUUACCAACUGUAUACGAAUGCGCGCCUUUCGGCCAUCUCUUUGACUUAUUAUGGAUUUUGUAUGGGUGAAGGGAGAUACGCAGUAAAUCUUCAUUUUGCAGAAAUAAUGUUUGGGGAAUAUAGCAGAUUAGGGAGGCGUAUAUUCAAUAUUUACAUUCAGGGUAAGCUGGUGCAGAAGGAUUUCAACAUAGUAGAUGAAGCUGGUGGGGUUGGUAAGGCUGUCAUAAAAACUUUUCCUGCAAUUGUGACCAAUGGUACCUUGGAGAUUCGUUUAUAUUGGGCAGGAAAAGGAACAACAACCAUUCCUGAUAGAGGAGUUUAUGGUCCUCUUAUAUCAGCUAUAUCUGUCAAUUCUGAUUUUUCGCCUCCAAAACAUGUAUCUGUGCGCAUGGUGCUCGAAAUUCUGGUUGGACCAACAUUUGUUAUCCUUUUGAUCAUGAGUGUCCUUUGGUGGAAAUUCUAUUCAAGACAAAAAAACACGUUGGAACAAGAUUUAAAAGGUUUGAACUUGCAGACAGUUUCUUUUAGUUUAAGGCAGAUUAAAGCAGCUACCAACAACUUUGAUCCUGCUAAUAAGAUUGGAGAAGGUGGUUUUGGUCCAGUUUAUAAGGGCCAUUUAACUGAUGGUAAGGUUAUUGCUGUUAAGCAGCUAUCAGCCAAAUCAAACCAAGGAAAUCGGGAGUUUGUUAAUGAAAUUGGCAUGAUUUCUGCUCUUCAACACCCUCAUUUGGUAAAGCUAUAUGGAUGUUGUAUUGAAGGAAAUCAACUCUUGCUAAUAUAUGAGUACAUGGAGAACAACAACCUCGCUCGUGCAUUGUUUGAAGAAUGCCAAUUGAAAUUAGAUUGGUCCACGAGACAAAAGAUAUGCAUUGGUAUAGCAAAAGGUUUAACUUAUCUCCAUGAAGAAUCAAGGUUAAAGAUUGUGCACCGAGAUAUCAAGGCUACCAAUGUAUUACUUGAUAAGGAUCUAAAUCCAAAAAUAUCUGACUUUGGUCUGGCCAAGCUUAAUGAAGAGGAUAAUACCCAUAUUAAUACUCGCAUUGCUGGAACUAUGGGCUACAUGGCUCCAGAGUAUGCAACCAGGGGUUACCUAACUGACAAAGCAGAUGUUUAUAGUUUUGGAAUCGUGGCCUUGGAAAUUGUUAGUGGAAGAAGCAACACAAUUAGCAAAACAAAAGAAAAUUGCUUUUAUCUUAUUGAUUGGGCUCUUGAUUUGAAGGAGAAAGGAAGUUUGUUAGAAUUAGUUGACCCGAGAUUAGGAUCUGACUACAACAAAAAGGAAGUAAUGAAAAUGAUAAAUGUGGCACUACUAUGCACUAGCCCUACUCCAACUGCUAGGCCUAUUAUGUCGUCUGUAGUGAGCAUGCUUGAGGGGAAGAUUGUUGUUGAUGAGUUGAGUCCCAACACUGGUACAUAUAUUGAAUCGGUGAAGUUCUAUCAAACUCUUGAAGAAGAAAGUAGUCAUGAGAACCAGACACAAAGUACAUCAAUAGAAUCUUUGCCACUUGUCUCUUCUUCAUCUACAAGUAGAUCUCUAUCCACUCAAUUUUGAGCUUUGAUUAUUGGCUGAAUAGAGAUUUAAAAAUGGGAAGCUCUGCAAAUCAUCUUGAUUUUGGCCCUGGGAACUUCUUGAUUGGGAAUUUUACAAGUGCUUAAAUUAAUUUGGAUUUUAGAUUGUUCAAGUCCGUAGAACUUAUAUCCUGUUAAAGCAUAAUUGAGGUUUAAAUUGUUCAACCAUUCUAAUAUAGUUUGAUAUAUUGCUGUGGAAGAGUGUGUCAGGCAUACACAAUGGACACUGUAAAGUGUAAACCAUAUUGUGACAAAGAAAUGGUAAACAGUUAAACAGUGUACUUUUUUGUGUUUGCCUCUCAAUAAAAAUCAUUGCUGCUG